AUGUCCAUUUCUAUCGCGCGAGCCGCAAAGAGGGUCACGAAGUACCUAUCUGACCAGAGUGAUGAGAGCAAAGAUGUACUGCGUGUGAGCUCGGCACGUUUACCACCUGCAUACCGUGAAGAAUAUGUAUAUGAAGAUCCACAGAAGCGGAUACUUCCUGCUUUCAGAGAGACUUGGAGGGGUGGGGCCAAUAUUAUUGCACCAAAUCAGGGAUCAUGCUUCGUCGCAGUGGACUGCAUAUGGCAUGAUCGUAACCGAAUUUCUAAAGAAGAAAUUGAUAAAAUGAAUGAUUCGGGUAACAUCACGAAAGAGAAAAUGCCACCUUCAGAAGAGGUACCAGUAUGUCCACGUUGUAAAGAAGACUCGUUGCCUGUCAUUUGUUCUAUUUUACCAAAGGAAAGAGAUAUUGCUGGUUUAUUAAAACGAUCCCGUAGGGACAAGGCAAAGUUGUACCGUAGCUGCAGAAAUCAUUACGUUCAUGGAGCUUUGGGAUUGCAAGAGAGUCCAUAUGGUCACUGUGGUGAAGUAUAUCAGGACAUUCAACAACGAUUAAAUACCGCAUAUAUACAUUCUCGUUAUCCUUUGAAACGUCAAGUGCAAUACCAAGAUGAUAGUCUUUUUGGUACCUAUCCACUGCGUGAGUCGUCUCCAAUUCGUCGCAAAGGAGGAUAUCCUCCACGUGAUCAUCUAUUUGGUCCAUUACACAUAAAAGACCUGAUGUAG